ACAUUUUGAUAUCCCGGCACAUCGUUUCUUUUUUCAAGGGCACAUCGCCGGUACUGGGUCAUGGCGUGCCAAAGAUAUUCCGGAAAAAGAAGCCCCUCUGUCUUUUGGGUAACGUCGACUCCUUUUUGUUUUUUCGUUUGCAAUGUUUGCCCGUAUGCAGCAGCCAACAUACCCUGACCGCUGCAAAGACAACCCCUGCGCUGGCAUCCCCUCCCAAAAUGCCAGCUACGUUUGCGGAGACUCGCGCCUGGGCCCCGUGGGCCUCCCCAGCAAAUUUCCACUCUCCACUGAAACCAGUACUUACGCGCGCUUCGGCAACCUCUGCCCGAAAGAGUGGCUUGACAAGUGGACCAGCUCCGACGGGAACUUGAGAUACCCGCCCCAAGACGGCUUCGCGCUCGACAAUGACAAGAACCGUAUCUGGGGCAACUACACCCUCACCGCGGGCAGCAAGGUUGACCGGUUCGGAUCCGAGUACGGGAAGUAUCUGACGACGUUGGGAGCGCCGUAUAUUGAACGGGCUCUGCCACCGGGGAAUCUGGACACGUACGAUGGGAAGUAUCCGUACAAUUACCACGUGUAUGAGGUACUCAAGGAUGUUAAUGUUGUGGUUGGGCCUGUGGCAGCGUGGUUUGAGCAGCCAGGUAUGGGGACGCAGAUCUAUACUUCGAAGGCGGUGAAUGAGUUGUUGGAGGGCGGAUUUUUGCGGAGGUUGAGCGAGGACGAGUAUGAUGAGAGAAACGAAUAUGCGGAGCCAGCCCCACGGGGUCAAGACGCAUAAAGGUGGAG